CGGUGACAUGCGGCAAAAAGUGGUUGUUGCUUUGCUCGUUGUGCUGUGUUGAGGGAACCUGGUCGAGCAAUAUAUAAAGGAUCACAACGAACCAUGUAGAUCAUUAGAUAAGAAUAGGACAACUCUUUCAGGUCAUACAUUCUUAUCCUUUCGGCAAAACUUAACCCACCCCAUUGUUCACAAACACAAUGGCGCACCUUUGGGCCCCUGCUCCAGAACCGGCCACCGAACUGGGUCGGUAUCGCAUUCUCUCGUCAACAGCCGGUAUUCGUGUUUCCCCUCUCCAGCUUGGAGGCAUGUCCAUCGGCGAUGCCUGGAAGGAUUCCAUGGGAUCUAUGACCAAGGAAGAGUCGUUUAAGCUGCUGGACGCAUUUUAUGAGGCGGGUGGAAAUUUCAUCGAUACUGCCAACAACUACCAGGAUGAACAGUCGGAAGCUUGGAUUGGCAAAUGGAUGACACAGCGCCAGAAUCGUGAUCAGAUAGUGGUCGCUACAAAGUAUACGACCGACUUUCGAUCAUAUAAACUCGGAAAGAACAAGGCUCCAAACCACUGCGGCAACCAUCGGCGGAGCCUGUUUAUGAGUGUUCGCGAGUCCCUGAAGAAGCUGCAAACCGAUUGGAUCGAUAUCCUAUACGUCCACUGGUGGGAUCAAACUACAUCUAUCGAGGAGAUUAUGGAUAGUCUUCAGAUACUGGUGGAACAGGGCAAGGUACUCUAUCUGGGUAUCUCAGACACCCCAGCCUGGAUUGUUACAGCAGCAAAUUUAUAUGCCCGUGGCCAUGGCAAGACACCCUUCAGCAUUUACCAAGGGAGAUGGAAUGUUAUGUUGCGUGACUUUGAGCGUGAAAUUAUCCCCAUGGCGCGUCAUUUCGGAAUGGCCCUUGCUCCCUGGGAUGCCCUGGGUGGGGGCAAAUUCAAGCGGAAGGAGGAGGUCGAACGGCGGAAGGCUGAAGGGGAGGGGCUACGGAGUAUACUAAGUCCAGAGCAAAGUGACGAGGAAGCCAGGAUGAGUGCCGCUCUUGAAAAGGUCGCAGCUGAACAUGGCAUCACGUCCCUGACUGCUGUAGCGCUUGCAUACGUGAUGGCCAAAGCUCCAAACGUGUUCCCUCUCGUCGGAGGUCGGAAAGUUGAAUACCUUCAGGACAAUAUACAGGCACUCAAAAUUCGGCUAACAGCCGAGCAAAUCGAGUUUCUUGAGAGCCAGAAGCCCUUCGACGUGGGUUUCCCGGGAAACUUUAUUGGCCCUGACCCCAAGGUGACGGGGAAAGCAUCCUUCCUUCUUGCUGCCAAUGGCACUUAUGACUUUGUGCGGUCAUCUCAAUCCAUCACGAACCCUGAGUAGACGAUGUUCUAUAGAGAACGACAUGUCAAAAGCUUUUGUACCUCAAUACCUAAUGUAUUUAGUAUCUUGGUAGGUUUGGG